AUGUCACAAUACAAACGGUCAAUGUCGCAAAUAAACGAAGAAGAAUUAUCUGCAUUUGACCCGUAUUCUAAUCACCCUUCCACCACUUUAUCACCGUUGACCACAGAAUCUACAUCGGGAUCAGAGGACUCAUUGUCGCGACAUUCACUCCACCCGAAAACACUCCUCACCAGUUUUAUCAACUCAUUCAAACCAUUUGAUUAUUCAACAUUACCUCCAGUAUACCUUGAGCAUUUCCGUAAGUUAGAUCAACGACAAGAAAAUCAAGGAGAUAUUGAAUAUAUACUGAGCUUGCAAGAUAACAAUGCAGAUUCGCUACGACAGCGAAAGGGGGAAGGACCUGGAGCACAUUUACACCCAGCACACCCUGAUUUUGACUAUUCAACAUUUAGUCAACUUGAAAAAGAUGCCAUUAUAACCUCCAUGAGCCCGUUGAGUAAACGCUUACGUACGCGACAUUUGACUUGGAUAUCACUUGGGGCUAGUAUAGGGCUGGGAUUGUUCAUUACAUCGGGUUCGUCACUAGCACAUGCCGGCCCUUUGGGAUUACUACUAGUGUGGACGUUUAUUGGAAGUUUUACAUUCACGACAAUGGCAAGUUUAUCUGAAUUGGCGACUGCGUUCCCCGUAAGUGGUGCGUUUGUUACAUUUCCUACAUUAUUCAUCAACAAGUCAGUGGGUUUUGCCAUUGCUUGGAACUAUGCACUUCAAUGGUUAGUGACAAUGCCAUUACAACUUGUUGCUGCUGCACUCAGUAUUCAAUAUUGGAACAACCAUCUCCAUCCCGCUAUAUUUGUCACUAUUUUCUAUGUUGUCAUUGUCUUUGUCAAUUUGUUUGGUGUCAAGGGGUAUGGAGAAAUUGAAAGUUUCUUGAGUUUGCUCAAGGUUAUUGCUGUUAUUGGAUUUAAUAUAUGUGGGAUUAUCAUUGUUGCAGGUGGUGUACCGGGACAACCAUAUAUUGGUGGAGCUAAUUGGCACAAACCACAAGGUGGGCUUUUUAAUGAACACUCACCGUUUAAAAACAUGUGUUUUAUCAUUUCCAAUGCGUCAUUUGCAUUUGCUGGAAUAGAGUUGUUUGCAUUGGCAGCUGUUGAAUCAGCCACGCCGAAAACUUCAAUUAAUAAGUCAAGAAAGCAGAUAUUUUACCGAAUCAUUGUGUUUUAUUUGUUGUCAAUUGUCAUGAUUGGAUUCCUCGUGCCUUACAAAAACUCCGAAUUGAAAGGUUCAACUGAUGGGAUUAUCGAUACAAAUACAUCACCAUUUGUUAUUGCAAUCAAGUUGGCAAAUAUCAAUGCUUUACCUUCAAUAAUGAACGCAGUAGUUAUUAUAACGGUAAUCUCCGUUGGAAAUGCAUCUGUAUUUGCUUCUACUAGAGUUCUUAAUGCUAUUGGUGCUUUGGAGCAAGGACCCAAGUUUCUCAACUUCAUCGAUCGCAAAGGCCGACCUAUGGGAUGUCUUAUAAUACAGUUUGUUUGUGGUUUACUUGCAUAUCUCGUUUGUAUACCUGGUUACUCAACAACAUUGUCAAUAUUCCAGUGGUUAUUAAGUUUAAGUGGGUUGAGUGCACUUUUCACCUACUUGGUGAUUAACAUAUCACAUCUCAGAUUCCAUGCUGCCUUAAGUCAUCGUGCAAGAGUUGCUCGCGAUGAACUACUUUAUGUAUCCUCGGAUUGGAUAUCUUGGUAUGGUAUAAUCACAAUCGUUGUCACACUAGUGCUUCAAUUUUGGGCCGCAUUGUGGCCACCUGGAGGAGGCGUUGAUGUGGUCUCGUUCUUUCAAAUUUACUUGGGUGGGAUAGUUUUGAUUGCCAGUUAUUUGGUUCAUAAAGUUUAUGAUUACUGGUACAAUGACGUCCCAUUGACGAAAUUGUGGUUGAGUGUUGAGGAAAUCAAUGUUGAUAUGGGCCGUAGGCAAGUUGACUUAGAAGCUGUAAAACAAGAAAUUGCUGAGCAAAGAAACAUUUUAGAGAGUAAGCCCUGGUGGUUUAAAGUGUAUAAUUUCUUUUGCUAA